CAACUAGACUACAUGGAAUGGGAUUUAACCGCAACAGCCAACCUGUGUCUUCGUGUCCUCUCCUUCAUACGCACUUCCCACACUACACCCACAUUCCCAACUCGGAUACCGCAUACUUAUAAUAAAUAGCAGAAGGGCCGGGCUUCGACUCCUCCCCCUCCCAAUAUAACAAUAAUUAGGCCCAUCCAUACCAUCCCUACCAUCCCUACCUAUCGGCCCUGGCCUCUUACACCUCAGCUGCCUAUAUAUCCGGCCAACCCCCCCCGAUCGCCGGCAUGAAACAGGCAAAACUCUUCUACCUAUCGAUUUUUGCGCUUUGGGGAACACCUGGGCAAUGCGGAAGCAAGGAAGCUCGGGAUGACGCAUGCGCAAUAUCUCCCCGCGCCAUCGUCUCCGACGCCUGUGCGUCCUAUUCAACCCUCGAGAGACUAAACCGCAAAGUCAAGCCUGCCGUGGAUGAGCUGACCAAGGAGACCGAUUUCUUCUCCUACUACCGCCUGAACCUCUUCAACAAGAGAUGCCCCUUCUGGAACGACGAAAAUGGCAUGUGCGGCAACGUAGCUUGUGCCGUUAACACGAUCGAUAACGAGGAGGACAUCCCCAAGAUAUGGAGAGCGAGCGAGCUGGGAAAGCUGGAAGGCCCGUCGGCGAAACAUCCCGGGAAGAAGGUGCAGAAGGAAUGGCCGAAGCGGCCGUUGCAGGGCCUGCUAGGCGAGGAUGUCGGCGAGAGCUGCGUGGUCGAAUAUGACGACGAGUGCGACGAGCGAGAUUACUGUGUUCCCGAGGACGAGAGCGCAAGCGCCAAGGGCGACUAUGUCAGCCUGGUUCGCAACCCCGAGCGCUUCACCGGAUACGCCGGCGAGGGCUCAAAGAUGGUGUGGGACGCGAUAUACGGGGAGAACUGCUUCCAGAGAUCCUCAUUCCCCCAGUCCGCCUCCCUCGGGACCAGUCCCGUAGUCAAGGGGCCGGCGGCGCAAGACUUCCGGAACGUGCUCCAGGACGCGGAACGGCAGCAGCUGGUACAGCAGCAGGGAAGCCCAGGCACCACGCUUGUGCAGGCUGGUUUGGAGAACGAAGGCGACUGUCUGGAGAAGCGGGUGUUUUACCGCGUGAUAUCUGGCAUGCACGCGAGCAUCAGCACUCACCUCUGCUGGGAUUUCUUGAACCAGACUACCGGCGAGUGGCAACCCAAUCUGGGCUGCUACAAGGCCCGCUUGCACACGUACCCCGAACGCAUAUCCAACUUGUAUUUCAAUUAUGCGCUCGUCACCCGCGCGGUUGCUAAAAUCGGCCAGCGCCUCCAGAGCUACACAUUCUGCACCGGCGAGCCGGACCAGGACGCGGCUACCAAGGCCAAGGUUCUUGCCGUCACGGAAGCGGCGGCUUCGGUACCCCAGAUCUUCGACGAGAGCCUCAUGUUUAAGAACGGUGAGGGUCCGUCGUUGAAGGAGGACUUUAAGAACCGCUUCCGGAAUGUCAGCCGGGUCAUGGAUUGCGUAGGAUGCGAUAAGUGCAGGCUUUGGGGGAAGGUCCAGACUUCCGGCUACGGCACGGCGCUGAAGAUCCUCUUCGAGUUCGACAGCGAGAGCCCGGAGAUCCCGGAACUGAAGCGGACCGAGCUCGUGGCCCUCUUUAACACCUACGCCAGACUGAGUAGCUCUAUGAAAGCGCUCGUCGGAUUUAGGGCCAUGGUCGAGGCCGAGGAGAAGCCGAAAGCGAUCCCUGAUCGGGCGAAGAAGCCGCACGCGGUGGGCCUCUCCGUAAGCUCACCCGAAGAAACGUUGGCGGAAGCUGAGGACGACGAGUGGGACACGGACGAUGAUUUGCCGCCCAGAAAGGAACGCGCCACGCCGGAGGCGGCGGGAGAAAUCUUCAACGAAGAGCUCGCCCGGGUGAUCAAGGCGGUAAAGAUCGUAGUAAAGAGCUGGGUUAACUUCCCGAAGACCCUUUUCCACAUCAUCAUCCUGGAGUUGUCGCGAUUCUGGGAGUACUACAUCGGCCUACCGGUCCAACCCCGUACCUGGGGCUUUGUGCGACCCAGUCUCGACGAGCUCUAGGUCCGUCUUUACCAUAGAAAAGCGCUCAGUACUACAUUAGAUGCUGUACAUCCAAAGACAAAAAGAACAUAUUGAAGCAUGGGGAAGAUGAAUUGGGCGAUUACAACGUUGAACAUAUCGGAUGGGAAACAAGGUGUCAUAAACCACCAGGCGUUUCCCUUCUCUCCCCCUUUUGGCAUUAUCCAUGUAUCUAGCUUAUCACCCUCUCUCCAUCGCACUUAUUCAUUAUAGGGCGCUUUCCAAGCGUUGAAAAUUGCGGCAUGGUCGGGCGGAGUUCUGGGGCGUUUAUGAGGUCUCGGUUCUUAUCUUGGAUGAAUGAAAAGUCGCUUCCCAAGAAAUAUCGAUUUGUGCGUGGUCUUUGUCUCGGCGUAGUGUGUGACGAGGGGAAAGAAAUAGGCUAGGUGUGACCCCCCAAUCCUGCCGUCAGGCUAGCUAGUGGGGGGCUCGGGAACGAUGUGCCUGUGAAGAAGUAUCGCGUCGGCCCGUCCCUAUCAACUCAGGCCGUACACACACGGCCCGUACCUAAUCCCCGCUGGUAAGACAGCGCAGCACUCCCUACGUCCACGCCCUCCAAGCCCAGGAUCACCACAAUCGCUGAGUCGAUAGAUUGGCUAGGUAGAUAGGCGCCCGAGGAGACGAAGAGGCACCCGCCGACGCUCACCCGCCGAGCAGGAGCCUGCCGCCGUCACCGGCGCCGCCGACCACG